AUGGGCAAGGGAGACCCCAACAAACCGGGGGACAAGAUGUCGUCAUACGACUUCUCCGUGCAGACCUGCCAGGAGGAGCACAAGAAGAAGCACCCGGACUCGUCGGUCAACUUCGCCAAGUUGUCCAAGAAGUGCUCGGAGAGGUGGAAGACCAUGUCCGCCAAGGAAAAGUCCAAGUUCGAAGACACGGCCAAGAGUGACAAGGCUCGCGACCACCGGGAGAUGAAGAACUACGUCCCCCCCAAGGGCGACAAGAAGGGGAAGAAGAAGGACCCCAACGCGCCCAAGCGGCCGCCGUCCGCCUUCUUCCUGUUUUGCUCGGAGCAUCGCCCGCAGAUCAAGAGCGAGCACCCGGGCCUGUCCAUCGGGGACACCGCCAAGAAGCUGGGCGAGAUGCGGUCCGAGCAGUCGGCCAAGGACAAGCAGCCCUGCGAGCAGAAGGCCGCCAAGCUCAAGGAGAAGUACGAGAAGGAUAUUGCUGCCUGCCGUGCCGGGGGCAAAAGCGAGGCAGGAAAGAAGGGCCCGGGCAGGCCUACAGGCUCAAAGAAGAAGAGCGAACCAGAAGAUGAGGAGGAGGAAGAGGUUGAAGAUGAGGAGGAAGAGGACGAAGAUGAAGAAUAA